AUGACUGAAUUACCACAUAUUAAAAGUAACUCAGGAAGAUAUGCACUAAUGAAACAAAAGUAUUCAAACAAAAAUAAAGGAAGAGUUAGUGUUGUUUCAAGUUUUAUUUUCUUUUCAUUUAUUAUUCCACUUGCCUUUGGUUAUGCUGUAUGGAGGCCAAUGACCCUUCUUUGGACACUUACAGUAAAACAGUCUAAUCAUAUUUUUUGGAUGUCAUCUUGUUGUUGUUGGAUAUUAUUUAAUGUUAAAGUUUUUGAAGAAUUAAUAUAUUCAAGAAAGUUAUUAUUGGUAUCAAAUAUUGUUUUAGAUAUUUGUAUGAUUCCAACAACAAUACUUCCUUUUGCAUUAAGUUAUGACAUAUUUCAAAUAAUGUAUAAAUUAAUUUUUGGACAUCCUUUAUUAUUUAAAACAAAAAAAAUAUGGGGAUUUUGUAUUUUAACUAUUUCUUUUAUUCUAAAUAAUAUUGGAUUCUAUAGAGGUACUCAUAUCUCUACUACACAUUAUACUAUUAAAACAAAGAAACUUAAACAUUCUAAAAUUCGUAUUGCACAUAUUUCUGAUAUUCAUAUUGGUUCAAGACUCGAUAAAUUACCACAGAAAAUGGUAAAUAAAAUCAUUGAAGAAAAUCCUGACUUAGUUGUCAUCACAGGUGAUUUAAUUGAUUCACAUAAUGUCAUUUCAACUGACCUUUCUUCUUUCAGUGCAUUUAAAGAAAGAAAUAUUCCUAUUUAUUAUACUAUUGGAAAUCAUGAUAUUAUGGCAGGAGAAGAAUAUGUAUCAAGUAUAUUACAAUAUUAUGGAAUUAUUUAUUUAAAAAAUCAAGUAACUCAAAUAGUUAUUGGAGAUGAAAUUAUCCAAUUAGUUGGAAUUGAUGAUGUUCAAAGUGUAACUAAAUACAAUGAAAUUUUUGAUUCUAUAACUUCUUCAAUACAUAAUAAUAUCUAUACAAUUCUUCUUCACCACAGACCUCAGGGAUAUAAAACUUCUGUUCAAUCAGGUCAGAUUGAUUUACAACUUGCUGGUCAUACCCAUGAUGGUCAAGUAUUUCCUUUUAAUUAUAUUGUUCCAUUAUUCCAUAGUAAAUCUUAUGGAAUGUAUCAUAUUAAAGAUUCUUCCAAUGAACUUGUUUUAUACACCCAUCCUGGGUCAUGUGCAUGGGGACCUCAUUUUAGAACAGCAGCAAAAAAUUUGAUAACAAUUUUUUCAAUUGAAUCUUCAAAUUAA